GGGGUCCGAGAACGUGCGCAGACUCCGGGCUUUCGCGUGAAAUGCCACUUGUCGAUCCGGCAACUGAGGACGUCGGGAGGCGCUUCCUUAGCCUAACCGCUUGGAUGGACAGCUCCACGUUGCUGCCUUGGAGUCCGGUGCGACUACACGGUGCAUUCGCCCUGACUUACCGAGCUACUGCUACUGCUGUUUCACUCGUACCGACCUGCAGGCGGGCUCUUUAUAUUCCAACUCUUGCGUCUCAUUCAUUCCAGCGCAUUACCAAAUACGGUCCUCUGAUGUAAAAGGGUCUGCAGACGCCUGGCUUUUCCUUUUUAGUCACCUUUCUUUUAUAGGAAAUUCAUUCAUUUUGACUUCUACCGCUAUUGAACCACGCCAGAGGAGAAUAAAAGAAUUGAUUCUUAACGCGAAAAAUAGAGGAUGUUUAUUUUUCCUCCCGAUACAACGCUGCAUGUUAUAUUCUUAAUUCUCUAUGGGAUACACACUUGCCAAGCACUUAGGACUUGCGGGGAUUUAAUAUGUGGAGAAAGCCAAGGAUGCUGCAUGUUCGGAAACACCAGCAGCCCUCAGAUCAAAUGCUGCAAGUUACCGCUACACACUUUUAUUGACAGUGUUGGCUGGAUAACAAGGAAACUCUCAGGAAUCUUAAUCCUGCUACUUCUCUUUGCCAUGGGCUACUUCAUCCAGCGCAUCAUCUGCCCGAGACCGCGGAGACACCGCGACAGGCAGGAAGACCCCUCACUACUGAACGGGCACACCACUGCGUCUCAGGAUUCGUUGUUGGACCCAUUUCACGAGCUCAGCGUUGUGGAUUUCAUACCCCCCGUACUGCAGUUACCGGCGUACGAUGAAGUGAAAUACCUGCCAACUUAUGAAGAAUCAAUGCAAGUGGACAGGGACCGCUCCGAGGACGAUUUGUUAUCUUCGAGCGAACUGAACAGAACGAACGACAGACCAGAAGACAGGUCGGACAGUACCGCAACUCCCAGGACUACAUGGAAUUCGACUUAAACUGGAUUAUUUUCAGUCCCUUUCCACUUGAAAAAUAAAAGGCAUUGUAGUAUAUAAAGGAUGCUUAUUUAUGGUAAAGAGCAAUAUUGAGUACCUCUCAUAUUAGGGCUUUGUUAUUUAAAAUGUAUUUUUUAUUUAACGCGUGGAUAAUCAUGCAUCCUCUUCUUGACAGGUAAAUUAAUAAAACUUGAUACUGCA